CACUGCAUGAACAUCUACCAGCUAAACAAAGCAUCAAAAACAAGCUAAAGCAAGCCAGGAGAAAGAUGAGUUCAAGCUGGACUGCAGAGGUGGAGACCAAAGCCCCAGCGGCUGCCAUCUUUAAGGCCGCAUUCCUUGACUGGCAUAAUCUCGGUCCUAAGCUCAUCCCUCAGAUUAUCACCGGCGUUACUUUAAUUUCUGGAGAUGGAAGCUCGGGGAGCAUCAGGCAGAUCAACUUCUCCCCAGUCAUGCCUUUUAGCUUUAUUAAAGAACGUCUUGAUUUCAUCGACCAUGAGAAGCUUGAACUGAAGACUUCUGUUGUGGAGGGUGGAGAUUUGGGCAACAAGAUUGAGUCUGCAACUUCGCACAUCAAGGUUGAGCCAAAGGGAAAUAGCUCUAUUGUUAAGGUGUUGGCGACAUACAAGGCCAUUGCUGGCGUUGAUGUUGCUGAGGACAUUAAGAAGGCCAAGGAAGGUUUCAUCAAUAGCGUCAAGGCAGUGGAAGAGCACCUUGUAGCCAACCCUGGAGCCUAUGCUUAGAAGUAUCAUAUUUGCUUGAGCGAGAGUGUGCUUUAAAUUGUUAGGUGGUAAUAACGAGAGUUGUUUUUUAUGCUAAGGAGAGAUUUUAUGAGAGUGCUUUUGUAUUUCAUUGUUCUCUGUUGUGGUUAAUAUAAAUAAAGUGAAAGUAUGCUUUCUACAAACAUUGUAUUGGUUUGGGUGUAACAUUUUGGAGUUCUAUCGGUCAUCA